UAACAGCAGCUAGCUAGUACAUUAUGCGGAAGAUGGCCGACGGAUCAUCUGUAACGUUACUGUCGAUAUUAUUGUCUGGAUUUUCCAGCAGAUAUAUGCACUAGAUCUAUUCGAUUGACCAAUGCAUAUACCGUAUGGUAGUUCCAAGAUAUAACUGGGCAGAAAAACAAGACAGAACAUGGCCACAUACAUCCAAGUUGUGGAGGAAUUGACUGACGAUGAAGCGAUCGAGUUGCCAGUCGAGCCGGACGGUACGAUGUUGCUGAGCACCCUGACCGCACAGUUCCCGUGCGCGUCGGGCCUCAAGUACCGCAACCCCGGCACGGGCAGUCUGCGGGGAUUACGGGUUGUGGAUGGGGGGAUACAGCCACCGGAUGGGGUAUGGGGAGAUCAUCUGUACAUCGCAGUUUUCCCCAAAGACAAUAAACGCAAAGGAGAGGACAAUCAAGAGAAGACCAACUCGGCCAAGACACGGCGUGUGGACCAGCUCCAGGGCAUCACGCACAACAAGACGGUUGACUUGAUAGUCUUGGGCCUGGCAUGGAAGACAACACAGGCCGGAAUGAGGGAGUACUUUGAAAAGUUUGGGGAGCUUCUGAUAUGCGAGCUGAAGUUAGACCGAGAUGGCAAUUCGAAAGGCUUUGGGUUUGUACGCUACAAGGACAUGGAGGCCCAGAACAAGGUGGUAUCUAUGAGACACACUAUAGAUGGCAGACAUUGUGAUGUCAAGUUUCCCGACUCCAAGGUACAGAACUAUAACAACAAGAUGUUCAUCGGUCGCUUGACCUCGGAUAUGACGAAAGAAGACCUUUACGAAUACUUCUCCCAGUUCGGGGAGGUCACCGAUAUCUACAUUCCCAAGAAUUUCCGAGGGUUUGGGUUCAUCACAUUUCUGAGGCCAGAAGUGGCUGCCCGUGUUGCCAAUGAGGACCACAUCCUUAAGGGGACAAGUCUUUUUAUCAGUGACGCAGAGCCUAAAAACUCCAGGAAAACGGCAAUGAACAGCCCAGAAAACAACCAGAUGGGAAUGUUUGGAGGACAAAACUUUGGAGGAGGUUUUGGAAACCAGGGACAGUAUCAUUCCCGUGGCGAUUACAGCCAGGGAGCAAGGAGAGGGGGUCGUGGGGGGAGCAGCAUGGGGGGCGGCGGGGGCAGUUACAGGGACUACAGGGACAGAGAUCAGGGUGGCAUGGGUGGCCAGGUGCCUAACAGCCCUGGUAUGGGUGGUGGAGGGAUGGGCGGGGGCAUGGGUGGGGGCAUGGGCGGGGGCAUGGGGGGUGGUAUGGGGGGCAACCCGGGAGGGCAAGGUCCAGGACAGAUGGGGAACUUUCCCUGGAAUCAAGCCAUGCUUGCCGCGCUCAGCCAGGCAGGCUGGGGCAUGAUGAGCAACAUGCUGGCCCAGGGAAUGCAGCAAGGGUUACAACAACAGCAAGGGAACCAGCUGCAGCAGCAGCAGCAGCAGCAGCAGCAGCAGCAGCAACAGCAGCCGUCACAGCAGCCCCAGGUUGGGAUGUCGCAAGGCAGCGGGGGUUCCGGAGUGCCUAACCAGCAACCCAUGCAGCAGAAUCAGGGCGGUGGCGGUGGAGGUGGCUAUAGCUCAGGCCAGCAGUCUCUUGGCUGGGGUGCUGUCCAGAAUAACACCAACGAAUCACCGGGCACUGGCUACCUGAUGGGAGACUCCAAGCCAGGAACAUGGUAGCAACGUAAGUACAGAUCCCCUCCUUACACACCUUGUGAUAAACAUUGGUUUUUAAAAAAUAUUUUUGUCAGAUUCCACCUAUGGACUUUUCUUUGUAACUAAUAAUCUACUUUCAGGAUUUAAGAGAAUUAGAUAGAUACUACAGUUCAUGAAGUAUUAAAUGCCAUAACCCAGAGAAAGUUUUCGGGUAGCAUUUGCGCGCAUUAGCUAACCGCGGCCUUAAACAGCUGCAGCUGGAUGUCUUUAUAUAGGUCAUGAUAAGUUACCCAGAAUGCCAUCCCCACCUAUUGACUUUUCUUUGUAACUAAUAAUCUACUUUCAGGAUUUAAGAGAAUUAAAUAGACUACAGUUCAUGAAGUAUAAAAUGCCAUAACCCAGAUAUGUUUUACAUGCCGAGCAACAUAGUCUAAAAUGAUUCCAUUGUCAAUCCUUUAUGCCACUUUUUCCGAAGUCUGUCAGUUGGCUAAGUGUAAGUGUUUAUAUGUUUGCUGAGCCAGGGCUGCUGUAUUAUUGAGUUGAAGUAUUGUAUAUAGACCUAGGCAAUAUUUGUGGUCGUAAGAUUGGCUCUUGGAGCAAAAGGUGAUUGCUGUGUAAGGCGUAUUACCCGAAAUGCCAUUAUGUUAAGGGAGGGUGUAAGUGUUUGCGUGAAAAGAAGUAUUACACCAUGUCGUUAUAUACUUGUGCAUGUGAAAGGUGGUAUGGGAGGGUUUUGCGUGUGCUUAAGGCCUAAGAGUUAUACCAAGACCAUCUCACUCUACGACACAGCAAAGCUUUAACCCUAAUUCCUUGAGUGGUUUGCCAGGAACCUUCCUCACUCUUGCAAAAUCCAACACCAUAUGGUAAACUCUACACCAAAACUGUUGGACUCUGAUUAUGGUGGUAUGCCUGACCCCAUGUAAAGCAUAAUCAGUUUACUAGUGCAGUACUCACUCCAACAGUUUCCAACAAAACAUGCAGUUGGAUUUAGAAGGGUCGGGGUGGUUAGGGUGAAUGAUGUAUCCUGAUUGUGGUUUGGAGCAUUGUAGUAAUGAAUGCGGCAAUAUAUUCAGUAAGAGUUCUCUGGCAGGCCUUUGCCAAUGUUGAUGCAACUUUGGCACAAAAAUUAGAGUUUUGGUCUAAGCUUGUUCUGCUGUAGUCAAAAAGGG